AUGAAGAAAAAGGGAGUCCUCAAAAGAAAGAAGUCUGUCAAUUUUAAAGAUCAGCCAGAAAUCUUGCAAACUCCUCCCAAGUCUGUGAUGGGAGAUCAAGAGCCAAAGCUAAAAGGUGUCUUGAAGAGAGAUAAGCCUAAUGAUAUCAAACUUUUAUCAACACCAGCUCCUCCUGCAGUUGACAAUCUAGAUCUGAGUGGGUCUAAAACGGAAAGAUUCAAUGAGCCUAAACCUUUACUUCCUCCAUUCAAGCCAAAAGAGUUUAAGGAUACUUUUAAGUUAAACUCUAAAUAAACCUGUGAGAACCUUAAAUAUCAUGGAAAGUUUCAAUAGUUCUUUGAAAUAAGGCUAAUUCACAUGUAAACUUACCUUCUGUGGAGAACAAACUCAAGUUGCCUUCGAUAGUGAACAAAAGGUAUCAUGACAACCCGAAUGUGCAGAGGAUUUACAUCGGCCAAGGGAACACAGUGAACAACAGCUUGAACAAUACCAGGCCCAAAAGAGGCAAUAUCAAAAUAUCCUUUAAGAGUAAUGUACUCAAGAAAGCCCAGGAAAAAUUAAGAGUCCAGCAAGAUGGAAGCUAUAGCGACCCUGAAAAGCAAACUCCUUCGUUACAUACAAAUAAGUCUGUCGAUCCUGAAGGGUUCAAGAGUACUUUUAAGAACCGAACUAGAAAUAAUGGCCGAAAUCUUCCAGGAGGUUCUUUAGGGAACGUUCAGGCUGAAAGCCUCAAUUCCCAGCUUGGAAAAAUGUUAUCUAUGGAUGAUACCCAUAAGAAGAAAAGAUCUAGAUUUGGAAAUGGAGCUUUGAGUAGUAUUCAACAGAAGAUUAACAAAGCCAUUCUUCAGAGCCAAGAGGUCCAGCCUCGAGAGGUGCCCAAGGAUAUUCCAAAAGUCCAAGAAAUAAAGCCUGCUAAGAUAAUUCCUACUAUCCAAGUCGAGGAGUAUAAACCAGCACCUGAAGCUCCGAUAGAAAGGAAUCCGAAGAUAUUUUCGAAUAAUUCAUAUUCAGUGAAUCAGUCAUUACCUGUGAAUAAAGGAUAUAUGAAGCCUCAAAGAAAUCAUCUUCAGCCUUAUGAAAGUAGUAACAAGUUUAGCAUCAGGUAUAAGAGACCUACAGUUCAAGGAAUGGAUGAACAAGUAUUCUCCUUAGGAGAUAGCAAGCCUCUUGAGCCUGAGUCUAACAUUUUGUAUGAGACACCCAAUCCAGAACCUCAGUACGAAGAGAAAAAGGAUGAAAUUUCAGAACUCCUUGAGAGCAUCCAGCCCUAUAUUGGAGCUAGGCCGAUUGAAGAAGAAAAAGCUCCAGUUAUUCCAGAACUUCCAGUCAUGCAGAAGGCUAAAACUCCUGUGAAUGUUCCUAAAUUAAACUCUAAUAAUAUUUUGCAGAGCGAAUUAUUUAAGAAAUUUGAAAAACAGAAAGCCACACUUGAGCAUUAUGAUAAUGAGAAGGAGGACAGAAAGGAAAAACUUAGAUUAGCUAGUGAAUCUAAGACCCCUGUUCAAAGUAUUCCUUAUAAACGUGAGAAGACUGACAAGCAGCUAAAAAUUGAGGAACUGAAAAAGGAAACUGAAGCGCUUGAAGAGAAAAGGAAAGCUUUGAAUAAGAGACUUAAGGAAAAGAAACUCAGAUACCAGCAAAAGGCAAAAGAGCGUAUAAACGAGCUAAAUACAAUUCUUUCCACAAAGACUAAGAAAGAACAGCAACAGACUGAAUAUGAAGACCCUUACGAGUUCCUAGAAACUCAGAGUGACAAUGGUGAUAUCCUCUCCAUCCAAGACGACCCUUUUGAUAUCGACGGUAUCAUCAGGGGUAGUAACAACAACACUAAUUUCAAUAUUCUCCAAAACAAGCUAAUUUCCCCAUUCCAAAAGAUAACCGACGAUACUCUAAUCAAAGACUCACUCCAGAUGAUCUCAAAAUCAGCUUUCGUCCCUGCUCUCCUCCGCAACAGCGUUGACAUGAACGAUAUCCAAAAACGGAACGAAAUAGUCCAAAAAGUGACCAAAUUCGACACCAUGUUCAGCUUCACCCAAAGAAACAACCCCAAGUACAACCCUAUCAACGGCGUCCUAGAUUCUAUUAGUAAGAAAAAGAAAUUCUUCAGACAAGUCAGGAAUGUUAGAAGACCUCUUCUUAUGUAG